GGGAGGGGGGGGAGCUGGAGGGAACACGAAGUGACUGAGUGGAAAAAAGGGAGAAAAAGAGGGGGCUCAGAGAAAGAAGUGAGUUGGCUUCACUACUUUUGUUCCUCCCCGAAGCGCGGCUGUAGUCAGGAGGAAGAUGCUGCUGCUGCCGCGGUGGACUCCAACAUGCGACACCGCAGUGGAAAUUUAAACUCGCCACAUUCCGUUGCUCCAGAGGCGGCCAACGGCUGCUCGGACUGACUCCUCCAAACUUUCACCAUUCACCGGAGAGGACGGGAUUUCUCCAACCCGCUCCACACACUCCCGGAUAACUUUACUAGGGGGAAGAAAAAAAAAACAAUAAACGAGUUUCAAAGCAAACGCAGAUGAUAUAAAACUCCGCUCGGAGUUUUUUCAGCUCUUUUUGGUCAGAAGCAGACCGGGGGGGAAGAGAGAGCGGAGCCGCUGCUAACAGCUAACAGCUACCGCCUGAAGUUACCCGUCGACGGGGAAAAAGUGACGGAAGGAGCCACCGACCGCUUGGACCAAGAUGAAAACCCCGGGAGAGACGGGGUUCGCCUUUCCAGAAUGGGCUUACAAGCCGGAGUCGAGCCCAGGCUCCAGGCAGAUCCAGCUGUGGCAUUUCAUCCUGGAGCUGCUGAGGAAACAGGAGUACAACGACGUGAUCGCCUGGCAGGGAGACUAUGGCGAGUUCGUCAUCAAGGACCCGGACGAGGUGGCCCGCUUAUGGGGGGCCAGGAAGUGCAAACCACAGAUGAACUAUGACAAGCUCAGCCGAGCUCUGAGAUAUUACUACAACAAGAGGAUCCUCCACAAGACCAAAGGGAAGAGAUUCACCUACAAGUUCAACUUCAACAAACUGGUGCUCGUCAAUUACCCCUUCAUCGACAUGGGCUCCGGCCGGGGAGUCCCCCAGAGCGCCCCUCCUGUCCCGACCGGAGGGACCCACUUCCGUUUCCCGCCCUCCACGCCAUCAGAGGUCCUCUCCUCCAGUGAGGAGCUGCGCAGCCCGGGCGUGUUCAGCACCGUGGCCCGCCGCAUGGCCCGCGGCUCCGUCAGCGACUGCAGCGACGGCACCUCCACCAACUCUGAGCUGGAGGAGGCGGCGGCGGCGGACGAGCGAGCCGUCGGGGCCGACAGAGCUUUUAGGGGGCUCCUUGCCCCCCGUCUGCCUCAUGAGUCUCUGUUCAGGUUCUACGGGGGCCACCCCAACCCGGCCGGGUUAGCCAGGCCCGCUCCCAGGGUCCACCCAGACCCUCUGUCCCCGUUCCCCGUCUCCCCUCUGCCCGGCCCCGGAGGCCUGCUGGGCCCGACUCUGUCCCCGGCUCUCUCCAUGACCCCCACCCCCCACCUGGCCUACACCCCGUCCCCCUCCCUUUCCUCCCCCAUGAUGGGCUCCCACUUCUCCUUCAACCCUGAGGAUAUGAAGCACUACCUGCAGGCCCACACCCAGUCCGUUUACAACUACCACCUCAGCCCCCGCGCCUUCCUCCAUUACCCCAACAUCGUCGUCCCCCAGCCCCACCGCCCUACGCCCGAGAAGCCCGCCACCCACCACCUGCAGGGCCCCCCCAUGCCGCACCCGCUCAGCCAACAGCCGGGAGGCGGAGAGGACGGACACCCCUCGCCGUUCAAGUUCAAGCUGCAGCCGCCGCCGCUCGGGCGCAAGCAGAGGGAGGCAGGGAGCUCCCUGGCGUCCUCCUCUUCCUCCAAUCACUCCUCCUUGUUCACCGGUUCUGGUCCAACAACAGGUUCUGCUGCAGGAGGAGCCCCGCCGAAGAUCAAGGUGGAGCCGGUCUCUGACCUGUCCGAGGAAGACGUGGAGGUCACGGACAUCAGCGAGGAAGACGAGCUUAAUCAGAACAGCGAGGAUGAGGAGGGUGACCUGUUCCUCCCUCUAUCCCGCAGCCGCCAUUUUCAUCUGAACAACCGAAGCAGCGGCAGCCCCUCUGCUCCGCCCCCAACGCAUAUGAACCCGGAAGACGACCCCGACGACGACGAGGAGGUCUUCAAAACUCCCGCCACCCCUCCCCCCGGCAGCGGCGGCGGACUUCCCUUCCCCCUGAUCGGCCUGAAGACCGAGCCGGGCCAGGCGGCCCCCGUCAGCCCCGGGGGCACACGCUGCAUCCCGCUCAAACUGCGCUUCAAACGGCGCUGGAGCGAAGACCAGAGGAUGGAGGCGGACGGAGAGAGAGAAGAAGCGGAGGACAAGAAAGUGAGAGGCGAGGGAGAGGAAGGGAAGAGGGAGGGAGAGGAGGAUAACGGAGGAGGAAGAGGAGUGAUCCUGGGUCUGAUGCUGCCUCCGGCUCCCACCCAGCGCAGAGCGAGCUCGGAGCUGCAGAGGGCUACGGCGCAGCUGUCGCUGGAAAACGCCGGCUGCUGAGCUCCGGCCUCCUCACAUGUUCAGACCGAGCAGGAAGUCUAGCAUUAGUAAACGUAGCAGGUUUGAAUUUAACGUUAAAAAAAGGGUAAACUGAACCAUGAAUUAACUUGUAUCCGAACUCGUCCGUCAUUCGCUGGAAGAUCAGUCUGUGCAAUAACCCUGAACUCCCUAAAUUAGCUGAAUGAACAAAACGUUUUCCUCUGUUUGACACCAUGACGCAUUUAGAGCAAAACGAGGAACAAAAUGAGCUGUCGGAGCAGAAUCGUGUUAACUUUCAAACCUAAAUGGUUCUGGUGUCUCAUCAGGCCUUUAACACUAAGAGAUGUACAAACACAAAGCCUGAUGGCAGCGGCACGGAGCUGCUCAAACCUUUCACACAUUCACGCCCAAAUUCAGUCUUUAUGGUUCAGUUUGAGGCCAUCCGGCUUUCUGGGUCGUCUCCAGUUUAUGUGACGGUUUCUGUCCUUUUCAUCUAAAGCCGACGUGAAACCCAGACGGAUCCAGACACGGAGGAAUCAGCAGCCUGAACAGAGAUUAUAGAAGUGCCUCUCUGUCUGCAGCCCAGAAGACGACACCCCGUCACUACAGCGCAUAAAUACUGAAAACGAGGACGAAGCGGAGCGAGAGGAAGGGAGGAAGAUGGAAGCUUCCCUCUGUAACACCGUCAACACGAUGUCUGACCGGACGGCGGCUUCGUCUCCCUCGCCAGUUUCUCCUCACUCGUAGAAACGACAGAGCAGCUUCUAGCAGGACUGUAAUUAGCGGCCCGCUCGUUUCUGAGGAGGCGUGCGGCGCCGACGGCCGCCUGCGACUUUUCCUCUGAGGGCAUUUUCAGCGUUGUUGCCUUCAAGCUUUCCUGUCAUCAGCUUCUUAUUUUGUUUUUAUAUAUGAAAAGACUUUCUUUUUUUUCUCUUUUGUUUUCCAUCAAGGGAGACGUUUUCCUCCGGAUGGAAUGGACAGUAUUUUACGGGCAUUUGCAGACACCAUGAAAACAAACUGAUUAGUGUCUUUGUGGGGGGGAGGGGAGGGGCAGGAAACAUGUAAUGAAUGUGGAGCAUCAAGGCUAACUCAGGCAAACCUUCACUGAGAUAUAAAAAAUAUAUUUUUAACAUAUUUUACUCAGAAUAAAAGAUAUUGUGCCCAUUUUAUUAAUCAAAUUGAACAAAAAUCGUGCCUUUUUGUCGCUUUUCUCCCCCAGGAACUCGUAUUAUCGCUCACUCAGAAAACCACCAUGCCUUCGGCUUUUGUAAAACAUAUAUAUUUUAUUCAAAUAUAUAUAUUAGAAUCAAAUAUUCUAUUUCGAUAUGGUCAUUUGAUAUGAAUUAGGUAAAUCCUCCCUAUUUUUAAUAGUAAAGAUGUGUAUAUAAGUAUAUAUUCUGAUGGGUUUAUUUCUGCAGCGAAGCCUCGGUUUGGGGAAUUUUAAAGCAGUUGUUUUUGGGGGGGGGGUCGGAUUCACAUCGUUCCCACCUGAUGGUUCGGACUGAGGCGGGACCAAGCCGUUUAACCCAGAUCUGACAGCAGGUCUGGACUUUACUCUGAAGCUGGAGCAGCUAAAAACACCCAGAGUCCCGGUUCAUGCGGUCACAAUAAAGGGAAACAUGACAUCAGACGCCUCUGCAGUCACAGAAACUACACCCAAACACACACGGAGGAAACGGCUUCACAAAACCUCAGAGCGACAAGGGACUUCCCAUAAUCCCUCAGUGUGUGUUUGCGAGCGCGCUCUGUGGUUACUCCGUCUACUAACAGUCGUACGGCUUCUCAUGAAAAAAGUCUCAACCCUCAUUUGUUUCUCAUCCAGACUCGGUUUCCAUUUUUAGAUCAUCCGUUGCCUCGUCCGGAUCGUUUCCAGGACAAAACCAGCCAAACUGUUAGACCUGUGCUGCCUUACCGUCUGUUCUCAUGCAUUACUGUUACUCCUGUGAUGGUUAUUUUAUUAACGUGACUACUUGGAUUCAGUCGUACCCUCGUGCCGCAGCCCAACUUCUUCUCCAUGAGUUCCCAGUUUGAGUUCUCGUACCGGUUUGCUCUCACGGCGCCUGGAGGGUCGGAUUAUACUCAACGUUAUACACACAGAGAGGGAAGAACAGGCUUCUUUUUUCUUUUUCUUUUUAGUUUGUAUAUAUUUUUUUUCAUUAUGGUGGAUUCUGUAUGGAGAAAAAAAAGUGUUGUACUGUUUAACAUUUUUAACAUUUGUAUUAUUUGACAUCUUUUUCUUAUACUCUGUCUCUCCUCUCUUGCCCUUCUUAUUUUCACUCCAGAGGAGAGACUGGGCUUUUUUUAUUUUAUUUUAUUUUUUUUUCAAGCUUCUGUUUCUAUUCUGUAUCUGUUCAUCUUCAUUUGUAAUUAAACAAUAAUCAGGGUUCAUUAAAAAGGUGAAAAUGG